UGUCUCUUUGCAGCGAAGUGCAGAGUAGCAAGACAAGGGGGUGGAGCAGAGAGCAGACUAGCAGAACACAGGCGCUUGGAGUGAGAUAAUGAGCAGCAACCUGGUGUCCGCCACCUCUGCAUCACCAUCUGCAGCAGCCGCUACUGCUCGUCAUCACCAUGAGGGAGUGCAGCAGCUGAGGGUAAAGGUGGUGCGGCCACAGCGGCAGCUGCACGGCGGCUGCCGCGGAGGCAAUGGCAGAGGCAGAGCUGUGGUGGCGAGGGCCGGCCCGGGGGCGCUGACGGAGAUAGAGCCGGACCUGCAGGAGGACCCCAUCGACCGGUGGCGCACCAACGGCGUCAGCCCGGAGGACUUUGAGUAUGGGGUGUAUGAUGGCCACCACACCUAUCAUGAAGGCCAAGACAAGAAGGGCUUCUGGGAGGAUGUCUCAGAGUGGUAUCAAGAAGCUGAGCCUCCUCAGGGUUUUCAAGCACUAAUCUCCUGGGCGUUUCCUCCUGCAAUCAUCCUUGGCAUGGCUUUCAAUGUACCGGGGGAGUACCUCUACAUUGGAGCAGCUCUCUUCAUCAUCGUGUUCUGCAUCAUCGAGAUGGACAAGCCAGACAAGGCACACAACUUUGAGCCGGAGAUCUACAUGAUGGAGAGAUCGGCGCGGGACAAGCUCAUCGCCGACUACAACUCCAUGGACAUCUGGGACUUCAACGAGAAGUACGGCGAGCUCUGGGACUUCACCGUCAACAACAGGGAAGAGAUCGUGGAAUCGUAGAUGGCAUUUAGCAAUGGUGGUGACAUUGGCUAGAUGCAGUUGUAUACCAGUUCAGAUGGUAUCUAUGUCACAAACCUCUCCAGAUAAAAGAAUGCAAGCAUGGCAUAGAAAGGAAUAACGAUGUAUGUAUUCUCAUGCCUGAGGUUCUCAGCCCUGUAAAAAUAGAGAGCCUAAAAAUCCGUUUUAUCAUCGUAGAACGCAUGUCAGGCUUCUCACAGAACAUGUUCUGCAGAAUAGCUAGCACGUGGUUCCUUCAACUA